UAAAACCUAAAAAAAUAAAUAUAAGUGGAUGUUUGUUUGAAUUUUUCACGUGCUCACAAAUUUGCAAUUACUUUUAAAUAUCUUAUAAAUAAAAAUAUGGCUAAUGAAGAGGAAGUGUUUUUUGAAACCGAACCAGGUUUUUGUCCUGAUUGUGGUUCGAUAUUGCCGUUAUUAGGUGAAAAAGGUGGAGUUCAAUGUUACGCAUGUGACAGAAAAUGGGGACCUGAAGUUUUUGGAGAUAUGGCUAUGACAUAUACAUUACAAUUUAACGAUAAGAAUACAUAUGCACCUCCUGACAAGUCAGUCGAAAAUGAUGAUGAUGAGGAAAAUGCAGAAGGACCUGUGGUGGAUAGGAAAUGCUCACAGUGUGGUAAUGAUAAAAUGUCUUAUGCAACUCUUCAGCUAAGGUCUGCUGAUGAAGGUCAAACUGUAUUCUACACCUGUACAAAGUGCAAGUUCAAAGAAACAGAAAACUCCUAAUUACCAACUGGAAACGAAUUUUUUGCACCAAAAUUGUAUGUAUAUAAUAUUCUUAUCAUUAUGAAAUGAAUUUUUUAUAAUUUUGAAAUAUACUUA